AGUUAGUUCUCAUGUUUCUGCUUUGUGAUUUCCAAGGACAAACAAGUGCUUAAAAUGACUUAAAACUGAAAGUGAAAUUUCUCUUAGUUUGUUUAAAUACCAAAAAUUGUGGAAAAAAUCCACAACAACAACAAUUAAAAAAUCCCCUCUUUUACGAAUAGCGUUUCAUGUGUUAUCUAAUAAUUCCUGUAUUGUGCGGUUUAUUUUCAUUCGAAUCGUGAAAGGCUAGUCAGCCGCCUCGAGUGCCAGAUUUAGUGCCUAUAUAUUUUUAAUCGGAGUGUCGACGUUAUGGACCUGCGACAGGACGAUGAAGCCUCCAAGGAUCCAGCGGUGGAGAAAGCCGUGUUGUCCUUCGACGAGGAUGACUUUGAAGGUCAUCGGGCACACAGCGUUUUCGUGGGAGUUCACGUCCCGGGCGAGCGAAAACACUCCCACAGACGGCAUAGACACCAUCACCGAGACUCCUUCUCCGACCCCACCGCACAAGACAGGCCCAGCACCCCGCCGUCGCAACGCGUCCAAUUCAUCCUCGGCGAAGACGUCGACGAUGAGAAACACGAGAGCCACCCCCUCUUCUCCGAGAUGGAGGAGUUGGUCACCGAGGGCGGCGACAUGGAGUGGAAGGAAACAGCUCGUUGGAUCAAAUUCGAGGAAAACGUCGAAGAGGGUGGCAAUCGCUGGUCGAAACCCCACGUGGCCACCCUCUCCUUGCACUCGCUUUUCGAGCUGCGCAGCCUCAUCCUCAACGGGACUAUCCUCCUGGACCUGGAGGCCACCUCCAUGGAGCAGAUCGCGGACUUGGUGCUCGACAAUAUGAUCAACAGUGGGGUGCUCACCAACGACAAGAGGGAUCGAGUCAAGGAGGCUUUGUUGAAACGCCAUAGACACCAGCACCAACGCAAAGACCACGUCUUGCCUCUGAUUCGCUCCUUCGCCGAGAUGAGGAACCACUCGACGUCGAAAACUGAAUAUACUACACACGUGCAAGGAUUCACCACGUGGUUUACCUUACAUCAUCCUGCCAAAGUCGAAGAGCACACCUUCGGCGAACACACCACAGAACGAUUUCUCACUGUGCCUGGACAGGGCUCAAUGGACAAGCCUCGCAUCCUCAAGAGCGCCAGCAACGUCUCCAUGAACCGCAAUUACAGCACCAGCGAUCUGGGCUCCAUGAACGGCGACAUCCACCAACACAACCUCCACUUCAUGCGGAAGAUCCCCCCAGGUGCAGAAGCCAGCAAUAUUCUCGUCGGCGAAGUCGACUUCAUCGACAAGACCCUCUCGGUGUUCAUCCGCUUGAAUUCGGCGGUGAAUCUGGGCGAUUUGACGGAAGUCCCGGUCCCGACGAGGUUCCUCUUCGUGCUUUUAGCCCCGGUGUCGGCCUCCACCGGGUACCACGAGAUCGGGCGCGCCAUGGCGACGCUCAUGUCCGAUGAAAUCUUCCACGAAGUGGCUUACAGGGCGCGGAACACGAGUCACCUUUUGGCCGGAAUCGACGAGUUUCUCGACGCUGUGACCGUUCUACCUCCUGGGGAGUGGGACCCUGCGAUUCGGAUCGAGCCCCCGGCGGCUAUCCCCUCACAAGACUUGCGGAAGCGCCCCCCGGAAAAGCACCCGGAGGAGCCCGACGAAGAGGAAGAAGAGCAGAGAAUCCGGGAAGAGUCGGGCCUCGCCCGGAGCGGAGUCCUCUUCGGGGGUCUCAUCAAUGACGUCAAACGCAAACUACCCUUCUAUUGGUCGGAUUUCAAGGACGCUUUUGCCACCCAAUGCAUAGCCUCCUGGAUUUUCCUCUACUUUGCUUGUUUAUCCCCGAUUAUCACAUUCGGGGGGCUGUUGGCGCAAGCCACGGGGGGGAAUAUGGCCGCCAUGGAGUCGCUCGUCUCCGGGUUUGUGUGUGGGAUGGGUUAUGGGUUCUUUUCAGGUCAACCGUUGACCAUUUUGGGGUCCACUGGACCGGUGCUAGUGUUUGAGACUAUAGUUUACGAUUUUUGCUUGUCGGUGGGGUGGGACUAUCUCUCGUUCAGGUUCUGGAUCGGGACUUGGACCGCGAUUAUUUUGCUUAUUUUGGUGGCUAUCGAUGCGAGUGCACUUGUCUGCUACAUUACUAGGUUUACGGAAGAGAAUUUCGCCACGUUGAUUGCCUUUAUUUUUAUUUAUAAGGCCGUGGAAAAUGUGGUGCUUAUUGGGAAAAACUUCCCUCUCAAUACCAGUGGAAAUAGGGUUUUGGAAUAUAAUUGCUCGUGCACCGCCAAUCAGAGCGUUGUUAUGAGAGACCCCUAUUGGGGCAAUUGGAGUACACCGAGCAAAAAUUACUGUGAGAUCGCGAACGGCACCUUGGACGGCCCCGGCUGUGAAACCCCCUCUUACGUCCCCGACGUAUUCCUCAUGUCAAUUAUACUCUUUUUGGGAACGUUCCUCCUCUCCAUCGAACUGAAAGACUUCAAGAACGCUCUCUUCUUCCCGUCAAAAGUCCGUCAAUUCAUCAGCGACUUCGCCGUCAUCAUCGCCAUCCUCUCCAUGAGUCUCAUCGACUGGAAAGUGGGCGUCCCCACCCCGAAACUCGAAGUCCCCCACGACUUCAAACCGACACUCCCCACCCGCGGCUGGCUCAUCGGCCCCUUCAACGGCAAUCCCGUCUACUCGGUGUUCCUCGCCAUCCCGCCAGCCCUCCUCGGCACCAUCCUCAUCUUCAUGGACCAGCAGAUCACCAGCGUGAUCGUCAAUCGCAAAGAGCACAAACUGAAGAAGAAGUGCGGCUACCACUUGGACCUCUUCGUCUUGGCCAUCCUCAUCCAGGUGUGCUCCGUGAUGGGGCUGCCGUGGUUCGUCGCUGCGACGGUCCUCUCCAUCAACCACGUCAACUCGUUGAAGUUGGAGAGCGAGUGCUCAGCGCCGGGGGAGAAGCCCCAGUUUCUGGGGGUGCGCGAGCAGAGGGUCACCCACAUCCUCAUCUUCCUGACGAUUGGGCUGUCGGUGUUUCUCACGCCGAUUCUGGGGCAUAUCCCCAUGCCGGUCCUGUUUGGGGUCUUCCUCUACAUGGGGAUCGCCUCCUUGAAGGGGCUGCAGUUCUUCGACAGGAUUUUAAUCAUGCUUAUGCCCAACAAGUACCAACCCGAUUACAUGUUCCUGAGACAGGUGCCAAUAAAACGUGUCCACCUCUUCACCCUCAUCCAGCUCGCCUGUUUGGCUUGUCUCUGGACCAUCAAGUCCUUCAGCACCACCUCGAUCUUGUUCCCCUUGAUGCUGGUGGUGAUGAUCGGGAUUAGGAAGUCGCUGGAUUUGAUCUUCACACGACGGGAAUUGAAGAUUUUAGACGAUAUAAUGCCGGAAAUGACGAAGCGAAACCAGAUGCUUAAAGAUGACGAGAACGGCUCUGAAAAAGGCCAGCUCGAGAUUGAACCCGCCGGCAACCUGAAAAUCCCCCUGGCAAACGGCAACGUCAUGAACAUUCCGCUCUCGGCCAUCAAUAUAUCGGAAGAAGUCAACAAAACCAGUAUCUGGAAACAAGUCAACAAAAGCAACACGCGACCCACCGAAAAAGAAAAAAAGAAAAGUCCCAUCGGAUCCGGUCGCUUCAAGAAAAAGAAGCAAAACAAACGAGACGAUAAGCAGGAGAAAGCCAAACUGGAAAAACGGCUCUCGAUAAUGAACGAAGAAGAGGAAGAUGAUGGAAUUACCAUUAAGGUGACGGACACUUCUCUACACAUUUAAACACAAACACGAGCACUUAACAUUUACCCUCUUGCACGUAAAUACUAACCUAUUGCAGUGCGAACAGUUUAAAGAUAUGCCUAGGAAAGAGAGGAGGAAGAGCAAACAAGAUUCCGACGAAACACAUGUCUGAAGCAAUAACACACUAUAUACACAGUGAUGUAAAUACAUAUUUAACUAGUUAUUUCUGUUCUGAGGCUUCAUUUACCAAUCAGUGUUGCCAAAGUUUCAUUGAGUGUAUCCCGGGCUGUAUUUUGGGAAACGACACAGUAUUUUCUAACCAUUAACUAAGUGUACAUCAUUAAAUAAAU